AUGGUUCCUAACAAUCAAUCUCCAUCAACCGAUGUCAUUAACAGCAGCAGCAACAGCAGUAGCAGUAGUAAUAGUAGUAAUGUACAGCAACAGCAACAGCAAAUGGCAUCAACAUCAAAAUCAAUGUCAAGGUCACAGUCACAGGAUCUGUUGAAGCAACAGACAUUGAUCGAUAAUUGCAGUCUGCAGAUGGAGGAGGUGGAUGAACAUGGCGAACCAAUACGUAUAAUGAUGAUUGACGAAGAGGAAGAAGAACAAUUGGUUGGCGACAAUCAUCAUCAUCAUCAUCUGGCAGAGAGCGCAUCGGAUCUUUAUACAAGACUGUGGGCCACAUUCUGGGUGAUCACAUGGUGCCUUCUCAACAUGUCACUGAUCAUGGCCAACAAGUAUCUGUUCAGCGUGCUGCUGUUCAAGUACCCGGUGCUAUGCAUCCUGACGGGCACCGCCAUGACGUUCUUUGGCUGUCUGGCAUUCAUCUUUGUGUUUCGCGUGGCGACAUUCCCGCGACAAGCACUGUGGAAACGCAAGUGGCUCGUUCUCCUCUCUGGCCUGUUCCAGGCAGCCACCUAUGUGCUGGAGAACAUCAGCAUCGUCACGCUGUCCAUCUCGCUCAACCAGAUCAUCAAGACCACAUGUCCCGUCUUUGUCAUGCUGAUGAUGGUCACAAUGUAUCGAACUCGCUACACCCCUGCAAUAGUAUUAUCCACAUUGAUCAUCGUUGUUGGCGCAAUGCUCACCAACAUCAACAACCCAAGCUUCUCACUCGAGGGCUUCCUCUAUGCCCUCUUCUCCACAAUGUUUGCUGCGCUACAAACAGUAUUAAUCGCUUCGCUCCUCAAGGAUCCCGAUCUCAACUCCAUCGCAAUCCUUACCGCCGCCUCAUUCCCAUCAGUCCUCGUUAUCAUCCCCCUGUUCUGUUCAAUUGAGUUGCCGAACCUGAUACGUCAUCCUCCUUCUGAACCAUUGUAUCCCGCAUUGAUUGUAACUGGACUGGCGGUAGCAGCGAUGUUUUAUAAUCUUAGCCACUUCUACAUGGUUAGAUACACAAGUGCACUGUAUUUUACAAUCGUUGGUAAUGCCAAAGUCAUUCUACUCAUUGUAAUAUCAUCGUACAUCUUCCCCACGGCAGCACCAAGUGUCAUCAACAUAGUUGGCAUGGUGCUGACGAUGAUUGGCUUCUUUGCCUACAACAUUGUGGCAUUCCGCGCCAAUCACAUGAAGAAGAAGUCGACACAGUAUACUGUGCUGGAGGGCAGCGAGCACAAUCCAAUCGAUGAUUCAAUUGGCGGCAGCAGUGAUCAGAUCAGAAUGCAAACGUUUGGCUCCUCAUCAACAUCAUCAUCAUCAUCAUUGGCGUCAAUAUCGAAAUCAAGUACCAGUACUGCUAGGGAUUUGAAGAUGCCACUGCUAUCUGCGAGCACUGGUGAUCAAACUAAUGGAGGUGGAGGUCUACACGAGUUCACGAUCAACGAUGAACACGGUGAGCUGGAGGAAGUCAAGUCAACCUCUGGUGGUCACUGA